AUGAUUUCUCCUUCUAUUCAAAAGGACAUUAUUAAUUGUUGUGCCAAAGAAACAACUAGGUGCAUAAUAGAAGAAGUUGGUGAUGAUUACUUUGCGAUAUUAGCCAAUGAGUCAAGUGAUGUGUCCCAAAAAGAACAACUAGCUCUUGUUUUACGAUUUGUUAAUAGAGAUAGUGGAAAGGUAAUGGAGCGAUUUUUAGGCAUUGUUCAUGUUUGUAAUACUACCGCUUUAACUCUUAAAGAUGCAAUCAUGUCUUUACUUGUUGAACAUUCAUUGAGUCCAUCUAUGAUAAGAGGGCAAGGGUACGAUGGAGCUAGCAACAUGAAAGGUGAAAUAAAUGGUCUUAGGACUUUGAUUAUGAAUGAUACUCCAAGUGCCUACUACAUACAUUGUUUUGCUCAUCAACUUCAACUAACACUAGUUGUCGUUGCUAAAAAGAAUGAUAGUUGUGGUUGGCUUUUUGAGAUACUUGCAAAUUUAUUGAAUGUGGUUGGAGUUUCUUGCAAGAGAAGAGAAAUGAUUCGACAAGAUCAAGCUCAAGAAGUUGCUCGAGCAUUGGAUGUAGCGGAUAUUGUGAGUGGAUCGGGUUUAAAUCAAGAACUUGGUUUGAAAAGGCCCGGGGAUACUCGUUGGAGUUCUCAUUACAAGUCUCUUUCAAACAUCAUUAUCUUAUUUCCUACAAUUGUUAAGGUACUUGUACACAUUGGGAAGCAUGGUGUAUCGGAAGAUAAGUUCAAAGCUCAAAUUUUUUUAGGACAAUUAGAGUCAUUUGACUUUGUUUUUAUUGCUUACUUGAUGUUGACUAUUUUUGAAUACACUAAUGAUUUGUGUGUUUCUUUGCAAAGAAAGGAGCAAGAUAUUGUAAAUGCCAUGGAACUUGUCACUUACACAAAAAUGGUGUUGCAAAAAAUGAGGGAGCAAGGAUGGGAUACUCUCUUAAACAAGGUAACUUCAUUUUGUGCUAAACAUGGUAUUGUUGUUCCCACUAUGUAUUCUCCUUAUGUUCCUCAAGGAAGAUCAAGACGUUUUGUUGAAGAAGCAACAAAUCAACAUCAUUUUCGGGUUUGA